UCCGUUCGAAUUGGAAAAUCAUUGAAUAUCGUAUAUCAAAUAAUGAUGAUGAUGAACAUUAUUAUUAUUAUUUUGUUAUCGAUUACACCUGGAUUAGUGGUCACUUGUUCACCUGUUGUAUUGACGACAAACAAUACUACAAUACGUAUUGGUUUUCUAAGUUCAUUUCGUUAUGGUUUAGGUAAAAUUAUUGCCGGUGCUGUACCAUUAGCCAUUAAAGAUUUGAAUAGUGAUGAUUCUAUUCUUCCUAAUCAUAAUAUCGAUUUUAUUGCUGCUGAAUUUGGUAAACCAAACAGUUAUUCCGGUAUACGAAAAAUGACCGAAUUAAAAGAUCGUGUUCAUGCUUUUAUUGGACCGGAUGAAAGUUGUGCUUGUGAAGCAUUAGUCGCUUCGGCUUGGAAUAAACCAAUCGUUUCAUAUAAAUGUAUCGAUCAAAAUCUAUCGAAUAAAACAAUUUAUCCAACAUUUGCUCGUACAUUACCGCCAAGUUCAAAAAUUUCCAAAUCAGUCAUAUCUUUAUUGAAACAUUUCAAAUGGAAUAAAGUCGUAUUGAUUGUAUCAAAAAAUCCAUCCAAUCAACAAGUACAAGAAUCACUGAUGAAAUUAGCCAAUGAACAACAAAUACAAAUACGACAAAAAUAUUAUCUACCUGAUCAAUAUAUUAGCCGUCAUGAACAAGAAAUCGAACAAAUCAUUGAUAAUAGUUAUCAACAAACAAGAAUCUAUAUUCUACUUACCGAUACAUUUGUUUUAGUUGAUUUUAUACGUUUAAUGCAACGAAAAAAAUUACUUGAUACCGGUCUUUAUGCAAUUGUUUCGGUUGAAGAAGAAGUAUUUUAUUCAGUAAAAAAAGGUGGUUAUCUUAAUAAACAAUAUAAAAAUCUACGUAAUUUAGAUCAUUUGGAUCUGAGAGGUUUAAUGAUUAUAACACCAAGUCCACCAUUAAAUAUGAAUUAUUCGGAAUUUCAAAAAGAUGUUCUUGAAUAUAAUCGUCGUGAUCCAUUUAGUAUACCGUUUCAUAAAAAAAUUGCCAUACAGGUACCAAUUUAUGGUGGUCUACUAUAUGAUGCUGUUACAGUUAUUGCACAAGCAUUUCAUAAAGUUAUUGAAAAUGGACAAAAUAUUUCCAAUGGUAUUAUUGUUAUGGAUGCAUUGAAAAAUCUUAAUUAUAAAAGUAUACUUGGAUUCAAUGUACAUAUGGAUGAAAAUGGUGAUGCUGAAGGCAAUUAUACAUUACUUUGUUUAGAUAUUGUUAAUAAAAGUAUCGAUAUGCAAAUUGUUGGUUCAUUUCAUCAGACUGAAAAUGAUUUACCGGUAUUAAAAUUGAAUCGUAAAUUAAAAUGGUAUGGUAAUGGACCAAUAUUAUCCGAACCAAUUUGUGGUUUUAACAAUGAAUUCUGUGAUAAUGUAACAAUAAUUAUCGGUAUCAUAUUGUUUAUUAUUAUUUUUAUAACAAUCGUUUUCUUUACUUUUAAACAUUAUCAUUAUGAAUAUAAAUUGACAAAAGUAUUAUGGAAAAUCGAUAUCAAAGAUAUUUUAUUCAUACAUACCGAUUUUGAAUAUGGAUUACAAAAUAUUCGUAAUACAAUCAAUCUACAUAGUUUAAAACAAAUGGAAGUUGUUUUCAAUACAAAUAAUAUUCAAAAUAAAAAUGAACAAUUUGAAAAUUCAUCCAUAGAUAUUUUCGAUAAUCAACUUUAUGGUAUUGCCAUUUAUAAAGGAUCGAUUACAUUUGUUAAGCGAAUAUGUAAAAAAUCUAUUGAUCUUACCCGAAAUAUUCGUAAAGAAUUGAUACAGAUGCGUGAAAUGCGUCAUGAAAAUAUAAAUCAAUUUAUAGGUGCCAUUAUUGAUGCACCAAACAUAGCCGUUAUGUUUAUUUAUUGUGCACGAGGAAAUCUUGAGGAUGUACUACGUAAUAAAGACAUUAAUCUGGAUAACAUGUUUGUUGCAUCAUUAGUUGCCGAUCUGAUCAAAGGAAUGAUAUAUCUUCAUGAUUCGGAUAUCAUAUCACAUGGUAAUCUAAAACCAUCCAACUGUUUGAUCGAUAGUCGAUGGGUAUUGCAAAUAUCUGAUUAUGGUUUGCAUGAAUUUAAAUCUACACAAGAUCUAUUCAAAUCAAAAGAAAAUCAAGAAAAAGAUAUGUUAUGGAGAGCACCAGAAUUAUUGAAAAAUUUAAAUGCAUCACCACGUGGAUCACAAAAAGGCGAUGUUUAUUCAUUUGCAUUAAUACUAUAUGAAAUAAUAUUACGAAAAAAUCCAUAUGAAGAGAUUAAUAUGUCAAAUAAUGAAAUUUUACAUCGUAUUAUCAAUCCAAAAUUGUAUGGUGAAGUAUUUCGACCACGAUUAAAGAAACUAAAAUGUUCACAAUAUAUAAUUAAAUGUAUUGAAGAAUGUUGGAAAGAAGAACCUGAUGAACGACCAGAUUUUCGUUUUAUCAAUAUCCGAUUACGUGAAAUGCAAGCUGGAUUGAAACCAAACAUAUUUGACAAUAUGAUUGCAAUGUUGGAAAAAUAUUCAUAUAAUCUAGAAUCAUUGGUUCAAGAACGAACUAUACAAUUGUUGGAAGAGAAAAAGAAAACCGAAAAUCUAUUAUUACGAAUGUUACCCAAAUCGGCAGCUGAACAAUUAAAACGUGGUGAGGCAGUUGAAGCGGAAUACUUUGAUUGUGUUACCAUUUAUUUCAGUGAUAUUGUUGGCUUUACUGAACUUUCAGCAAUGAGUACACCGAUUCAGGUGGUUAAUUUAUUGAAUGAUUUGUAUACCUGUUUCGAUUCAAUUAUUGGUAAUUAUGAUGUUUAUAAAGUGGAAACAAUUGGUGAUGCCUAUAUGGUUGUUAGUGGUCUGCCGAUACGUAAUGCUGAAAAACAUGCCGGUCAAAUAGCAUCGAUGGCAUUACAUCUUUUACAGGAAAUAUUCAAUUUUGAAAUUGCUCAUCGUCCAGGUGAAUAUCUUAAACUUCGUAUUGGUAUUCAUUCAGGUCCAUGUGUAGCCGGUGUUGUUGGUCUUAAAAUGCCACGUUAUUGUUUAUUCGGUGAUACAGUGAAUGUUGCGUCAAGAAUGGAAUCCACUGGUGAAGCACACAAAAUACAUGUUAGCUAUUCAUGUAAACAAAUUCUAGAUAAAUUAGAUGGCUAUAUUCUUGAAGAACGUGGUCUAAUUUCGAUCAAAGGAAAAGGACAGAUGCGUACCUAUUGGCUAUUGGAUCGAAAUCUAUCAGAUGAUUCAUUAUAAGCAA